UCUUAGCAACGAUAAAAAACCAAAUAAGAGCCAAAGCGAAAAUGAAAAAUUCUCUGUCAAGAAAUUUCAAUAAAAAAUCAAUAACUCAAAAAGUAACGGUUACAUGCAACAAACCAGCUGAAAGAACAACAAUAAUUACCUAAAAAACAACAACAAUAACGUACAAAGCAGCAACAACUACCAGCAACCGUGAAGACUUAAAAAACCCACUUCAAAAAUCGCUCCAAAAAGUGUUUACAAAAACUCUUACAACGAAAAAAAAAGAAAUACAAAAAGCAAUCAAACGCAGAAAUAAACAAAACACACACAAAAUAAUCUAACGCCAAAGCCAAAAAAUAACCAAUUAAAUUAUCGCAGCAAACGCGACAGAAGUAAUACAAUACUGGCAACGAGUCAACAACAACAACAACAGCAGCCAAUGUGUGUGAGAGCCCGCUGUCGACGCAAAGCACUACGCCGAAGCCAAAACAACAGCACUAGCUAUUAGCGCACAACAGUCGAACAAGUCCGGCCGUGGCAAAUAGUCAGACAGCACGGGCAAACGCCAGAGUGUUAUAUUUAGUAAAUUUCGUGUCAAUAUUUUUAGUGUUAUUACAAAUUCAAUUGAGACGCGCUAAACUUAGUACACAGAGCAACAGAGUAAGUAGGUCAGUUGCUUAGACAACGACACGGCACAACCAGCUAAGGAAGAGGUUUCAUUGCAAGUUUCGGAGUUCGUGAAGUCAACGAGUUGUGGAAAGGAGAAAUCAGCAAAGCGAAGCGUGAAGGACGGCCAGUUUUGCCGACCAAAGGCGCAGGUGACUUACAGUGUGACCGCACAUAAUUGGUGGAGCUGAAGUUUGGUCGAUUGUGCGUUCGUGUUACAAAAUAUUAGGAGGAGUAAUAAGCAGCAAACACCAGACUGAUCCAGAAGAUUGAAAGCGAGUCGCAAGUUUUUAAAGCGAAGUUGUUACUACGAAUGUAAUUUAAUAUAAGGGAGUUUUUGAGCGAGUUUAGUGCUAGUAACUUCAAGGAACCCAUAAUAAUCUACCUAAAUCUGAAGUUUAAAAAAACGGGGAGCCGGUCUGAACAAGUAAAACUGAGUAAAACAAAUUCAAAUUUCUUAAAACACUAAACCUCUCCAAAGCACCAAAUAAUAGGCUGACUAAAACGCUGUUACAAUUCUAACUUAAUAUACAAUAACUUUAGAUAUCAACGAUUUUAAGAUAAUUUUAAUUUAUUAAUAAAAUAUAUGCCAAAACCGACGUUCAAAUGAAAAAACCAAAAAAUAAACGCUGAGUAGUAAAAAAACAAUAUAUCAUUCGAUCGUAUGAUUUAUUUAAUUGUCUCAUAACUGCCCGCAAAGUAACGUGCCGUUAACAGCUGAUCGCUAAAAGAGCGUAGAGCAAAAGAGACAACAAAAAACACGCCAUAUUACAAGAAAUACCGCUAUUUACAAGCGCAGAGUCGCAGAAAAGUGAACGUGAAGACAAAAUACGAAAUAAUUAAUUUUUAAAUUGAAAAAAAAGAAACAUUUUGCGUAAACGUCAAUUAUUUGUGAGCUUACCAAAUAAAUUAUCGCAAGAUAAGUGGUAAAUGCGCGUGGCAACAAACUAACAAUAGUGUUUUAGACACACAUACAAACAUACAAAACUAGUGAAGUAACGUGAAAAAUUUGCACAAUUUUUUAAACAAAAUAACGAAGCAUACAAAUUGCCGAACAUUUUAGUAACCUAAUUGUCAAUUAACUAUUUUUACCUACGAGCAACUGCUACGAAUAAUUUUUUUUUAAUUUUCAAAAAAGAAAAAAAUACGAAAAAUAAUAAAAAGUGCACAAUGUCACCAACGCACACUAGACUGCAGCGCCUGCUUGCUAAAUACAGCAACAACAGUGUGCUGACAUUUCUCACAGUUCUCUUGGUGCUCUUCGAUAUGCAGUUUAAGCGAGCGGAAGCGCUCAAAGUGACGGCCAAAAUGAUAUCCAACCACAAUUAUCCAGUCGAAGAGCACACAGUACACACACCCGAUGAUUACAUACUUACCGUAUAUCGAAUACCCGAUUCACCAAAAUUGCGCGGCGCCGCCAACACAACGGCCAUUGCACGCACCUCCAAACCGGUAGUCUUUCUACAGCACGGCAUACUCUGCGCCUCCGACGAUUGGAUACUCAACGGUCCAGACACUUCGCUGGCGUACAUGUUCGCCGAUUCCGGUUAUGAUGUAUGGCUGGGCAAUGCGCGUGGCAAUACAUACUCGCGCCAACACAAACACAAACAUCCCGAUUCAUCCGAUUUCUGGAAUUUCAGUUGGCACGAGAUUGGCGUCUACGAUUUAGCCUCAAUGCUGGAUUACGUGUUGGUCGAGACAAACGAUACAGCGUUGCAUUUUGUUGCGCAUUCACAAGGCACCACCACAUUCUUCGUGCUCAUGUCCACGCUGCCGUGGUACAAUGAGAAAGUGAAGACGGUGCAUCUAUUGGCGCCCAUUGCCUUUAUGCGCAAUCAUUCGUUUAUGCUCUCGAAAUUGGGUGGACUCUUUUUGGGUUAUCCGUCGUUUUUGAGUUGGGUACUCGGCGGUAUGGAGUUGCUGCCGAUUACCAGCAUGCAGAAACUGUUAUGCGAAUAUGUGUGCUCGGCGGAGUCUAGAUUUCGGUUUCUAUGUUCGGGAAUUUUAGACUUUCUCGGCGGUUGGGGUACGCGGCAUUUGAAUCAUACGCUGCUGCCACACGUUUGUGAAACUCAUCCCGCCGGUGCCUCCACAACACAAAUUAUUCACUACUUGCAGCUGUACACAUCCGGUGAUUUCCGUCAAUACGAUCACGGCAUCGAAUUGAAUAAGAAGUACUAUCAACAAGAGACACCGCCAUCAUACAAUGUCCACGAGAUAUCCAGCUGUGUAAAUAUGUAUUACAGCAACAAUGAUUACAUGUCCGCCGUUGAGGAUGUGGAAUAUCUGGCAACGCUGCUGCCUUGUGUGGAACUCUAUCGUAUACCCUAUGACGAUUGGAACCACUAUGACUUCUUGUGGUCAAUCAAUGUGAAAGAAGUGAUAAACGAUAGAAUAAUUGACAAAAUCGCCAGACAUGAGCUGCAAAAUUUGUGAAAUUGAUUUUCCUCUAAGGAAAAUGCUGAAUAGUCACAAAUAAAGUGUGUUCGUUGUAUAGGUUUUACCAUAAGUGAUGUUUGUAAAUAUUUUAUUUUUUGUAUGAUUCUAGUAUUAUUGCAAUAUUUAAGGUAUAUAGGUAGAAUAAUCAAGCUAAACAAAUUAAAAACAAAACAAAAAACGAAGAAAAAAUAUUUAAAUAUUUAAUUAAUAUAUGACAUUUAUAUGUACCUUUCAUAAGCUGUGAGACCAAAAAGAUAAAAACGAAAACUAAGUGAAGGAAUUAAAAGAAUGGCGUUUUAUAUACGCAAAUACUCAAAGGUUUGUGAACUUUUCGCUUAAGAAGUUAGACAAUAUUAUUUAGUGUUUAUUGAAUAUGUAUUCCAUAAUACGUAUGGAUGUGCGAAUUGUAUGUACUUGAUGUAGGUAUAACGAAUAAAUUAUUUUUAAGUAUGUACGCAGACUAAAUGAAACGCUUUUUACGAGUAACUAAUAAAAAAUA